AUGGCACCUCAUGAUUCUGUUUCAAAAAAAAUGGAUGUCGACACGGACAUUGUUACCUUAACGAGAUUUAUUCUAGAAGAACAACAAAAGGUGGCUCCUAAGGCAACUGGUGAAUUAUCAUUAUUGUUGAAUUCAUUGCAGUUUGCUUUUAAGUUCAUUGCACAUAAUAUCAGGAGAGCAGAGUUGGUUAAUUUGAUUGGUAUAUCUGGAACUGCAAAUUCCACAGGUGACGUUCAAAAGAAAUUAGAUGUGAUUGGUGACGAAAUCUUUAUCAAUGCUAUGAAAUCUUCUAACAAUGUUAAAGUAUUGGUCAGUGAAGAGCAGGAGGAUUUAAUCGUCUUUGAAGGAGGAGGCAGAUAUGCUGUCUGCACUGACCCAAUUGAUGGUUCUUCUAACAUUGAUGCAGGAGUUUCCGUAGGAACUAUAUUUGGUAUCUACAGAUUGAAAGAUGAUUCUCAGGGAUCAAUCAAGGAUGUUUUGAGAAAAGGAAGUGAAAUGGUUGCAGCUGGUUACACAAUGUAUGGUGCUUCUGCUCAUUUGAUGUUGACUACAGGAUGCGGUGUGGAUGGCUUCACCUUGGACACUCAGUUAGGUGAGUUCAUUUUAACGCAGAGGGAUUUAAAGAUUCCUGAAAGAAGAGCAAUUUACUCUGUGAAUGAAGGAAACUCGUACUACUGGCCCGAAUAUGUAAAGAAAUAUAUUGAUGACUUGAAGAAACCUCAAGAUGAUUUGAACGGCAAGCCUUAUAGCGCAAGAUAUAUCGGCUCAAUGGUUGCUGAUAUUCAUAGAACGUUAUUAUAUGGAGGUGUCUUUUCUUAUCCUGCUGAUACGAAGCUGAAAAAUGGAAAAUUAAGAAUCUUAUAUGAAUGUUUCCCAAUGGCAAUGUUAAUGGAACAAGCAGGAGGUUCUGCUAUUAAUGAUAAGGGUGAAAGAAUAUUAGAUAUUUUACCAAAGGGCAUUCAUGACAAGAGUGGUAUUUGGUUAGGUUCUAAGGGUGAGAUUGAAAAAUUCUUGACAUAUAUCAAAUAA